ACUUCCUACAUCUGCUUGACAGCACAAUGCUUCCACGAUAGCAGCAUGGCCAAGGCCAAAACGAACGACAUCCGCAGGGAUGGCCAGCUUGCGGACGAUCUGCCAAACGAAGAAGAUCGUGGCCUCCUCUCAAGGAAUUCCACAGACGACGAGGAAGACAUAGUUGUUCACCCCGGCCGCGAGUCACCUCCCCAAACCCCUCGAACACCACGAACUCCCAAUCGAGUCCGAUUUGACCUCCCUCCUGCUAUUGAUACCGACCACGAAGACAAUGACGCCCCUCCUCCCUACGUCGAUUCCCCUCUCUCGGGGCGCCGAGACCCCCGCCCUCAAGCCUCACUGCCCCUCCUCACAGACAUCGAAGCUCCUUCUAUCACCCUAGCAGCGAGUCCUUGGGGGGAUGAUGAUGUGCAUGAAUGGGCAGAACGGGAGCGUCUGCGUCCGAAGUCUGGCUUGCGCUCAGCCUUCAUGAACAUGGCGAAUUCAAUCAUCGGGGCAGGGAUCAUUGGCCAGCCUUACGCGUUUCGGCAAGCUGGACUUUUGACGGGAAUUAUACUGCUCAUUGUGCUUACAAUCACUGUGGACUGGACGAUACGCCUGAUUGUGAUAAAUAGCAAGUUGAGCGGGAGUAACAGCUUUCAAGGGACUGUCGAGCAUUGCUUUGGGAAGCCGGGCUUAAUUGCUAUCUCUAUUGCUCAAUGGGCAUUCGCAUUUGGCGGAAUGGUAGCGUUUGGCAUCAUUGUGGGCGAUUCCAUUCCGCAUGUUUUGGCGGCGGUGUUUCCGGGGUUGGGGGAUAUACCGGUGUUGAGUCUUUUGACUAAUAGACGGGCUGUUAUUGUGAUUUUUAUACUGGGGAUCAGCUAUCCUCUGAGCUUGUAUCGGGAUAUUGCCAAGUUGGCAAAAGCAAGCACUCUGGCGUUGAUCAGCAUGGUGGUCAUUUUAUUUACGGUUGUCACACAAGGCUUUUUUGUUCCCAAAGAAUCAAGAGGCACUUUUGAUUUACCUCUUAUGACGAUCAAUAAUGGGGUAUUCCAAGCUAUUGGUGUUAUAUCAUUCGCAUUUGUUUGCCAUCAUAAUUCCCUCCUCAUUUACGGCUCCCUCAAAACUCCAACCAUUGAUCGAUUUGCCAAGGUCACUCAUUACAGUACCGGCAUCUCCAUGGUGGCUUGCCUUCUCAUGGCUCUAGCUGGCUUCCUAACCUUCGGUUCCCUCACUGAAGGAAACGUCCUCAACAACUUCCCAUCAGACAACAUAAUGGUCAACAUCGCCCGGCUUUGUUUCGGCCUCAACAUGCUCACCACCCUCCCUCUCGAAGCUUUCGUCUGCCGAGAAGUUAUGUUCAACUACUGGUUCCCCGGCGAACCUUUCAACAUGAACCUGCACCUCAUAUUUUCCUCCUCCUUAGUGAUAAGUUCGAUGCUACUUAGUCUCAUCACCUGUGAUCUCGGAGUCGUGUUUGAAUUGAUCGGCGCAACAAGUGCGUGCGCUUUGGCUUACAUUUUACCCCCUUUGUGUUACAUAAAGCUUAGUACGAGGAGUUGGAAGACGGCGCCUGCGGUUGGUUGCGUGGUGUUUGGAUUCGUGGUUAUGGGUAUCAGCUUGGUGCAGGCGGUUACAAAGAUGAUUAGGAAUGAGGGAGGUGUCACGCAGUGCCGUUAGACAGAGGCAUGGUAUAAUAUAGAAUGUAGGAUAUGGAGAGAUUAAUCACAAGC